GUUUCAGGUUGACAAUUACUACACUAUUCCAAUUUGUUCCAGUGCUCUUUUUAUCAACUUUGUUUUUUUAAAUUAGAAUUAUCGGAUUUCGAUUGGUCAACAUUUUUGCUCAACAUUUGCUUUCUUCUGCUUAUUAGUUUUUCCAAUCCGAUUCGUAUUUCUUGCGAUGCAGACUCUUGAGUUUACUAUUGUGAGAGGAGAUUACUACACGCUUCUCCUAAUCAACCAGAUCAGUACAAUUGCCCACUAUUAUCCAGUUUUGCAGACCCCGUGUUUCUGAUGAAUCUACGCUUCUUAUUACACGGUGGGCCAAAACGAAUCUACAAUUUUGGUCAUUUUCAAGGUGGCAGCGGUUGAAAACUGCUUUCUUUAAAUUAUUAUUCUUUCUUGCAUAUUUUGGUAGUUCACCUCACGUUAUUUUGUUGUUAAAGGUGCAUGGUCACAAUUCUCCUAUUUUCUUUCCCCCUCCCCUGUAGAAUUAAUUUCACUUGUUGACAACCUUUUGUCUAAAUUCGAAUAUUAUUUACUUAACCCACCCUCUGUCGAGCUGUUACCAUUUUUUUGGAAUUUUUUCUAAACAUUUUUUUAGUUUCUCACCUGCCCACGUUACAAUAACUUCUUGUAAUUUGUUGUAAUGAUAAAAAUAUAACAGAGGGGUGAUUUAUUGUGAUAAGUUCAAAAAUUGAAUGAAAUUAUAAGACAUA